CCUCAUCCCCUCCCUUGUUUGUACAACGGCUGCCGUCAGAAAAAUUAGUUUGGCAUCGAAAGUUUAAACAAUCAACAGACACAAGGUAAAACGAGUAAGGACAGUUGAAAACUUUUUGCUAAAACUUGAAAAGUAAAAAACAAACAAAAAACAAACUUGAAAAUAAAAAUAUAAAGAACUCGAGGUACCAGAGAAAAGAUCCCUGCUCAAGUCAAUUUUCGAAAAGGACUUUUGAAGAACUCUUGAGAAUCAACAGUUGUUGCAUUUGGUCGACGGCGUCUAUAAUCUGCUCAGCUCCAGGACAUUAACAGCAAUCUUCCCAGAACACACCGCAUAACUAGAACUCACAGGAACCUACACCAUGACGUCAUCCAUGAUCCUCGCUGUCCUGGCCAUCUCCCUGUCGUGCCUGCUGACCGCUGUGACGUCAUCACCACUUGGCCCAGUCCAGCCGGCCAUAUCCCUGUCCAAGAUGGAACCCGAUCACGCCUGUUUGUUCAUGUGCAACAUCUGUUUCCCGGAUCUGGAGGACACGGGUCUGCUCCUGGACUGCAGCAACAAAGUGUGUGGUCCCAUCAUGGCGGGCAUGUGUGCUAUGGAGAAGCUCGUCUGGCUGGGCCACAACUGCCGUCAGUACGACAUGGUGCAGAAAAUGUGGGCUCCGCACGGCGCUCUCUAAGCGCACCGGAAACAAGAACACAGCUCACUGUCUCAUCUUUGGGCAGCCCAGACGCAGACUGGAUUCCAUGUUUUAGUUUUUGUUUUAUGGGGAGGUUGGGUGUGAGAGUGAGGUGGCGGGGUAGGCCACGUUUUUGGGUGGUGUGCCAUGUGAACAAAAUGGAGCAACAAAAAUUAUUUUGGGUUUGAGAAUUGUGGAAAAAUUACGAACAAAAAAUAUAGCUCCAAAGAUACCUUUUUUUUUUUUACAAAAAUCAAGUUAAGAAAUCUUGUAGGAUUUUUAAAAAUGAGAAUAAGCUUUCACAACACUCUAGGCACAUUGUCCAACUCCAGUAAACUUUCUGAAAAAUAUUUGAACUUGCUGAUCUAAGUUCCACAUUGGUUCUGGGCUAGCUAAUGUGGGGUGGAAUUGUCGGAGAACUUGAAACUCUUUAUAAAAAAUUGUUCUCAUAUAUUUGCGACAGAAAGAAAGCGAAAGAAAUAUGUUUUCAGGUUUCUCUUGUUUAUAAAGGUAUUUUUUUAUGGGAGGAGGUCGUUCGGUUUGUUGAAUGUAUCAUUUUUAAGCAGUCUUGUUUCGACUUACUGUCUUUUAAAAGCACAACGAUGUACACUAAUAAAGUAGACCUUGUAACGGACCUGAAUUUGGGAACAGAGAAAUGGUAAUACAUUUUCGAAGAGGAAUAUUGCACCAAGGAGCCCGUCUGUUCUCUGUUGUAGAAAGUUGUUUCACAGGCAAGACGUGUGUGCAAAGAUAAGAACACUCGCAGCAAAAGGGAAGAAGUACGAAUCGUGUAGAAGAACCCAAGGGCGAUUUCUUAAUGUCCUGUCGUAUCCAAGCUCAUCAGUGGGAGCUGUUAGAAAAGAGCAAACUGUUCAGCAAGGCAAUAGGACGAGACAUAUAAACUUUAUUUAGCUUGUAAACAUAUCGUUUCAUUGAGCUUUUUGUGACAGCAUAAUAUAUCUUCGUACGUAACUAUUAAUAAAAAAAGGGGUUUAAGAUGGAAUCAUUAAAAGAUCUAGUUGUCUGCUUCUGUUGUUCAAUUCAUUAAACUCUUUGGAAAAACAA